AGCCAAAGACUUUGCCACCCUGCUAUAAUCGCAGCAUUUUCCAUCCCAUUACAGCUUUCCACCUUAAAACAGAAUGCAGUUUUUUUAGCUUUAAGGGUUUCUUGUUUUCAAUCACUUAGUAGUAUUAUUUAAAAAAUAUAUAUACGUUAUUUAUUUAGGAAACAAAUUAUUGCUGUAAAGGCAUGUGAGAAGUUAAUGUCUAUGAAGUGCUGCUUCUUUGCUCCAGUGUUGCUUAAAUUAACUGAGAGUGUGCAUUCUGUUGUGAUGCAGUAUUUAUUCACGUAUGGAACUAACCACUGCUGCUUAUGUCUAAAUGCCCCUUUUUGAAUCCUCAGCUGCCCAAACAACUCAACAGGCAGAAUUAAGGAGCUCACGGAAUAAGUUAGUGCAGACACAAAUUGCUGUAUGAGAGGUCUUAGGCCUUCUUUUCCAUAAAGAAGGCAUAAAAUAGAUGGAUGUACUCUAAGAAGUAGGAUAUCCCUUAAAAAAGCACACAAGGUAUACAUUUGUAUAGCCUUGGCUACUAACCUAAACUAAAGCCAUUUAAAGAAUCUUGUUUCUUAGUGGCAUUAAAAAAGAAGAGUUGUUAUGGUUAAAAUGAAUUUCCAGAUUUCCAGUAGCUUUACAGAAGUUACAGGGAAUAUGAAUGUUUCAUUCUGUUUAAAUCAAGUCAUCCUGCUGUCAGUAGAAAUCUCAGAGGUUCAGCCUUGUGGAAGGAUUUAAAGGCAACACUUCAGCAAUAAUCGGAUUAGAAGGACUUGCAUAGCUACGUGGUGUAAAAACCAGAUAAAAGAAACCAGAGUUCAGAUUUGCCACAAAGAAAGGCAGUGAGCUGUAAGGUGCAGAACCUGAGGCUGAUUUUGACAAUUACCUGGAGUAGGGAUGCCUGCAGAUUUCAAUGGUUACUGGAAAAUGAUCAGCAAUGACAAUUUUGAGGAGUAUCUCAAAGCACUGGAUGUAAAUGUUGCUGUAAGAAAAAUAGCAAACUUGCUAAAACCUGACAAAGAAAUCUUUCAGAAUGGAGAUCAUAUGAUUAUUAAAACGCUAAGCACUUUUAGAAACUACAUCAUGGAAUUUGAUGUAGGAAAGGAGUUUGAAGAGGAUUUAGCUGGGGUGGAUGAUCGCAAAUGCAUGACCACAGUUUCUUGGGAUGGAGAUAAGCUACUUUGUGUACAGAAAGGAGAAAAAGAAGAUCGUGGUUGGACUCAGUGGAUUGAAGGAGAUGAAAUGCACCUGGAAAUAAGAGUGUGCGGAGUCAAAUGCAAGCAGGUCUUUAAGAAGGUACAGUGAGCCUACUGCUGACACAGAAGUGAAGAAGCAAGUAAACUUGCCACCAAGUCUCCAAGCACUAGUGAUGAACAUCAUCAAUGAUGAGAGUUAAUACAGAUGAAGAUUACAUUAGAACUGUAUAGUCAAAAAUAUUUUUAACAAAUUAUUUUAAAGAAAUAAUUGCAAAUAAAACUCUAUUAAAGUUACUAAACACUAUAAAUGGGUGCGCACCAUAAUUCUUGACCACACAAAAACUGAGACUGUUUGAUAAAAAACAAGAUACUGGAGUUAAAGCCAUGUGAGCAGAUAUUUUACUUGCAGUGAAAAAUCUCCUUUCUGUAGCUUUAACAAGGGGCCUUAAUGUAAUCUUGUUUUCAGGCUAUGAAUUGUUGUAGGGAAGUGAAUGAGGACUGCAGUAUGUGGCAGACCAGAAAUCCUCAUCUCUCUGAAGCCAGUGAGAAUUUUACCACCAGCUCCAAUGGAGCAGUACUUCAGUGAAAGUAUUCCACCAAAAUGGAAGAUUUGAUUUUUUAAAUUAA